UACUACAUUUUUCAUUAGUUCGGUAUGAUAUAUUGUGUAGUAACUCUUCCAACAGUACUAAACUGUUGUAGAGUUUGAGUGUUUGUGCUUUUUAAUAUACUUCUUCCCAAUCAAUAAAGUCUCCAUCAAGUAACUGCUCCCUGAAACACAACAGAGUUCACAUUGUUUGACUUGGAUUCUUCCCAAAUUACCAAGUGUAUACUCAUAUAUGUAACAGAGAAGUUUAGCGAAAAACAUUAUUACCUGAGGCUUUCACAGAGGCGGACUAAAGCUUUCAAAUCUAUCCUUAAUGCACCAUCUUGAAUCUUUGAAAGCAUUUGAGAGGGUUCACACUAUCUGCUAAUUGAAAUUCACACAUCUCCUUCGAUGAGAAGGCAUAUACACCUGAACUCAACACCAGAGUUCUGAUUUCUUCGCUUAUAAUAGACACUCCAGUCUUGAGACGAUGACUGGUCAGAGUGUCUAGGAUCAGCAUAUCAUAAGGCAUAUCCCAUCUUCACCAGUUGAAAGUUUCUAUAUACAGAAGUGUUGUUAGCCAAUACAUAUAUGUGUAGAAUUUGUACACCUUCAUGCUUUGCAAGGCUUGCAUCUUCUCAUCUUCACUCUUUCAUCUAUUACUCUCAUUCAAGCUAGCAGCUAUUGCCUGCAAGAAUAACAACACCAUGUUUUUUUCUUUUUAGCAAACAGCUUCUCACAUACAUGUUAAUAUCUCAGUCAGGAUUACAAUCUUUACCUCUUCAAACAUGCUCUUUGACAAAUUCCUGGAGUUCAUUAAGCAAAAAAAAAUGAUAUACUCAAGCGUCAUCAUCAACUACCAAAUUGUGAUACAGCUGAAAUAACUUUUGAAUUCAUCCUUUUGCUCUGCAGAUAAUUCUCCAUCUUUAUUAUAGCACAUGAAAGUCAUGGUACAUUUGUUCAAAAGGAAUGUAAGGAACUCAUUCCAGUUUCAUUUGCUUCAUUGGAAUGAUUUCACCCUUUGCUCCAUUGAUCGGUGAGAUUGCUAUCUCAUCACAAAGCGGAAAGAGAUACGAUACAGAAAAAAAAAACAUAUAUCAAGCUAUAACUUACAGCAACAACUGUCGGGAUAUGGACAACUUUGACUACACCUGGUAAAGGACAAUCUGAGCUGUAAAUAUGAUUUAAAACAAGUUAAAGAUUACUUGCUUCGAUGUAUACCAAAUGUUUAUAUACUCCCUCUGUUUUUUAAUAUAAGUUGUUUUAGAGAAAAUUUUAUGUUCUAAAUUAUAUGACGUUUUCGGUUUUCUAUGUAAAAUUUAUUAAUAUUUAAUGUUAUAUGCUCAAUAAUAACAUACCUUCUAUUUUAUAUUUGUGGUUAGGUAAAUAGUUAAUGAUGUUUUUGUUUAAAAAAUAUAAAAAUUAAUGAUUUUUUAAAUUUAUAUGCACAGUUUUAAAAUAAUUUAUAUUAAAAAAAUGGAGGGAAUAUUAGUUUUUUUAAACUCACCCUGCGGUCUUAUCCUAGUUGUAUAAUAUACUAGGGUCGGCCCGCUCUACGGGCAGGAUAUAAUUUAUUUGUGAUUUAGGUUAUUAUUUUUUGUAUGAUUUUGUGGAGGCUGUUUUUGGUUUACAUUUGCAAGAGAUGUAUAUGAUAAUGAUUUUUAUCUUUUAAAAAGUUUUAUGUGAGGAGGGAUUAUAUGUGAUAAUAUAUAUUUUGGCAAUAGUUGUUUUUUUUUUCUAAAGAGUUGUGACAUUGUUAUGUUGUGUGGGCUUCAAAGGGUCUUCAUGUUGUUUCUUUUUAUGAAAAUUUGAUUCCAUAUUUGGUGUGUUAUUUGUGGUUUGUAACAUUUAAGUUCAGAAGGAUUGGGUUGUGGAUAAUUUUUCUAUGGUGUAGUAAUAACAAUCACUAUAUCAAUUUUCGAGAUUAUUGAGAAGUGGUGGUAUUGUAAAGAUCAUAUUAGUUCCAUAACAUUUUUUUAAUAAUAUAGAGACGUCACAUAAGGGACAUUUGAUCUAUCUCAUCAAUUGCCAUCCCGAGACAUGUUGGUUUUCUGUUCAUGACGAUCCAUAAAUUACCACAGUUGUUGUUUGCUAAUAUGUGAAGAUGUUUUAGUCUUGUGUGGUGUUGUUUCAAAGUCAAAAUUAUUUAUUUUUUUCCUAAUAAUAAUUUUUAAUUGUAUUAGAUUAAGUAAAUAUUUUCUUACUUAAUCUCAUACACCGACUUUUACAGUCAUUCAUCUGAACUGAACGGGUUUUGAAUAUUUUAAAUUCUCUAUGUUACAAUUAAAAUAAAAAGCAAAGAAAAACACAUUGGUUAAGUAUGUAUAAUUUGUUUAAUAGUUUUCUCAUUUGAGAAGGUUUGGUUAUAGUUGUAGUUUGAAUAGUUAUUUUUGUGGUUACUUUAUUUUAUGGGGUUUUAUUAUGAUUUUUCACUAUUUUUUGCAAUUAAGUAAAUUUAUACUUUGAUGGUUGAGAUGAUUUCAAUAGAAAUAUUUUCUUCUUUAUUUUGGUAAUAUAGAUAUUUUGAUUGGUUUAUUUUAUAUUUUAUACUUUCAUUAAUAAUCUUAUAUCUUAUCGUUUUUAUUACGUUUCAAUUUAAAAUUUACAAUUACAAACAUUUUAUUUUCAUAUCAGUAUUAAAUUCGUUAUAUUGAAACUCUCUUUGAAAAUUCAUGAAGUUACUACACUUAUUUGCAUAUGGUUUCUUUAAUGUGUUAUUAUAUAAAUACAGUUUUCAUUUAUUUUUUAUUAUUAUUAUUUUUAAUUCUAUUUUAAUAUAUUUUCUCAAUUAAUUUUAAAUUUUUUUUUAAGAUUAUGUGACUUAUUCCAUUUUAGUUGUAAUAUGCUGUUGUUAAAAAAAAGGUUGUAAUAUGCUACAGACAUAACAACUAUAUGCAUAAUAAAUAUUAUUUUAAUACAAAUAAGUAGAAAAUGUUAAAAUACUAUAUGAAUUAAUAUUAUAAAAAGAAUAAAAAUAUUUUAGCAUAUAAUUAUAGGCUAUCAAGGUGCAUUUUUUUUUUUUGAAUAUUACUUUUGAAAUGGAUUUGAACUUUAGAGUCGAUUUCUGAAUAUCAGGAUAAAAUUAUAUUAUAAAUUAUAAUUAUUCUUCAUGACUUACACAGAUUUUUGAAAAGCUAUUAGCAGUUUUUUGUUAUAGAUUUUUUUUAUUACUUUCAAUAAAUUUGAUCAAUAAUCUGUUGAAACCAUUAACCUUUAUACAUUUUUCUGCACACAUCGGUUAAUGCCACAAUCAGAAAUCUAAAGUCAAGAAUAAAUAUAUGUGUGUUACGAUAAAUAUAUUUUCAUAGGAUAUACAUGUAUAAUCCAAAUUAAGCUGCUUUUUUGGUUUUGGAAUGUAUAAAAUUUACAUGCUCUUGCUUUCUCCAACUUGAAAAGGCAAUGGUACAUACUUUGACGCUCUGUGUUUCCCACAUUGUUGAAACGCUCAAUCUUUUUGAAAAGGCAAGAUUAAGAUCAAAUUGUUGUAGCUCCUUUAACGCUUAGCAGGUUUGACUACACCGACUGAGACGGAAGCUGCAUUCCUCCUCCCACUGUCCCAGCCUGAAAAUGUAAACCAUGAUAAAUAAAUAUGUCAAAUCAAAUUGAAGAACUUAGUAGAGAGAUUUGAUCAGUUACCUGAGUAGUUGGCGUAGUGAUAGAGACACGGAUAUAUUUUCCGUUAAUGGUUUCCAUCAUUGAUGCAUUGAUAGCUCUCCAUGUUUUGAGCUGGAUAUUGGCAAAUAGCUAUGAAUACAUCAAGAACUAUGUUUCUGGUGUGAGCACUGAAUCCACCUAAAGAGCCUACAACAGCAGAGUGCCAGUGAAAUUCUUGAGCAUAUUGAGCUCCACCAAAGCAGUCACACUCGUUUUCAACACCUUGUUCAUGAUCUCUCUUCUGAUUACUGCCUCACAAACUAAAACUGAUAUAAAUGAAGGUUACAAAAAAAUAUAGUGCCAUGUCGAGACAUCAGCUCUUGCUUUCUACUAUGUCUAAUAGUUUUUGUUUCAAGAUCAGUAUACGCAGAAGAAGUAUAAGAGACAGAUUAUUAGAAUAUUAAACUAAAAACUCGCAACUUUCCAAUGAGAUUUAAGGUUGGCUUAACUUGAUACAAUGCUUUGAUUGCUGGAAUCUAAUUCAUCAACUUCAACCAAAGAUCUAGGGAGGAUAAACCCAAAAAACCUAAUCAACAAACAAAAUUGAAUCUAUGGGUGAAACAAAUAUUGAGACUGAAAAAUCAACAAACCGAAUCAACAAACGUAAUAUGUUUAAAAAUACGAUUCAUCUUGUGUUUUAAGAAAGGAACAACUUUAGUUCCCAGAAUCUGAACAGAAUAGAUGAGGUAACUUUACACCUUGAUAUAUCAGGAACUGUGAGGAUGCUGCUCUACGGCUGAAUGCUUACCCUUUUAUAGGAGAUAAUCACCGCCUGGAUGAAGGAUAAGAAUCAUUGAAUGCAAGAUCGUGGUUGUAGUGGGCAUGAAGAGUUACGCUUUUGUUAAUGGCGUUCAAUCAAUUCGAUUGGUAACAGUUCCGAGGUUAAGAAUAGAGACCAAAACGACAUGAAGAGAUACCAUUGACUUUGAGAUUACUGAGAAAGAGUCAACGCACACGCAAUUUCAGAAUCGCCAUUGAUGGUAUACGGAACCAUACCUUCAAUGACGAACCCUAACAAUGUGAAGAUGUUGUGGAGACGGGACCAUCAUUUCUAUGGAGAUCGGCCCAAAGAAAAUUAUCUAUUACAUAUAAAUUAUACAGUUUUGUCUAAGCUCAUUAAAAAUCCGACAGCCAAACAAUUUUUAAAUAGAACGCAGAAUAUCAUUGGCCUGGACAGGUGUCGAAACCACAGAGCACGAAUUUGUGACCUGGAUGCUGAGGUGACUUCACCGGGAGAGAUAAAACUCUCUUUUAUGUAUAAAGAUUGGGUUCUGUAUUCCUUCGUAGCUUUAUUAUUUUCUAGAGAUGGGAAGCUGAGCCCAAUUGUAGUAUAAUAUACUAUUGGAUUAGGUAAAAAAAAAACAAAAACAAAAAAAACAAAUUGAGUGAACGUAUGAUGAUGUGGCAGUUGUACGUAGAUUUUCACUGCCGGUGCAACAGCUGUUCCAGUUCCCGAGAGGCAGGCAGUGGAAUCUUAUUUGCUUCUCUAUGGCUUUUCACAUUUCCGAGAGACUAAAAACACCUUUUGAUAUCUCUUCUCGCCAGGCGUCCAUUAUUUGUAGUAAUAGAUAUGGCGGAGGCUUCCAGGGAUACAUCGGUGGUGUCAGUGGCGGUUUCCACGGCGUUUCCUGGUUUCAAAUUCUCUCCGACGGACAUCGAGCUUAUUUCGUAUUACUUGAAACGAAAGAUGGAUGGCUUGGAGGGGUCCGUCGAGAUUAUCCCUGAGCUCGAUAUUUACAACUUCGAGCCAUGGGACUUGCCUGAUAAAUCAGUCGUUAAAUCUGAGAGUGAAUGGUUCUUCUUCUGUGCUCGUGGGAAGAAGUAUCCACACGGUUCACAGAACAGAAGAGCAACCAAGAUGGGAUACUGGAAAGCCACAGGCAAAGAACGUAACGUCAAGUCUGGUUCUGAGGUUAUUGGAACAAAGAGGACGCUUGUCUUCCACAUUGGUCGUGCUCCUAAAGGAGGAAGAACGGAAUGGAUUAUGCAUGAGUACUGCAUGAUUGGAAUAUCCCUAGACGCGCUGGUUGUUUGUCGGCUUAGAAGGAAUACCGAAUUUCAAGGAGCUACGACUCAAAAGCCGCCAAGUUUAUCACUUGACAAGAACAAAAACAUGCAAAGCGAACCUGUUUCAGAAAGUAAGUCUGGCUGGGAAAAUAAUAUGUUUGAUUAUUACUUAUCAGGUGAAUCAGGGCAUGAACUACUCAGUGAAAUAACUGAAUCUUCGCAAUCUUCACAUAAUCCACAGGUUCCUAGUGAAGAAGAUUUCUAUGCGGAUAUCCUGAGGGAUGACAUAGUGAAGCUAGAUGAUCCGGCAGACUCCGGUAAUACACUAAUUGAUGUCCCCAGGCUUCAAUCAGAGUCCACAACCACGAGGGUCCUGCCUUUACCCAGCAUGGUAGACAAACAAAUGCAAUCACUGCUACAGAAACUGCCAUUACAGAAUGACAUUGGUGAAGAAAACAACAUAUCCAUGUCGAGUUGCUUUAUUGGUAUUUACUCGAUUAAGUCCAUCAACCGAGCGAGGUGGGACGUUGUUGCUUGGGUACUGGUUAUGAUAGCCGUGUUGGUGUUUUAUCUGGUGUGACGACGUUGAAGAAUUGCAUCUUCUUGGCUGUGUUAUGUCUUAAUGUUGAGAGAAUAUGAUGAUGUUAGGCUUAGUUUACAUCAUCAUUCUCAACAUUAUGUAUAUUUAUAUAUGUAUGUAUGUGCCGUAAGUAAAUUAAACUUGAAUGUGUCAAAAGAGAUGAAGCUCUAUUUCAGGUA